GGGGAUGAUCCCGGAGAACUCGGCGCUGGCCCGGCUCAUGGAGGGGGCGAGGCCUGAGGGGGUCUGGCUGCUGGGUGACGGCAGCUACCCCCUGAAGCCGUGGCUGCUGACCCCCAUCCGGGGGGCUCGGGGGGCGGCCGAGCUGCGCUACAACGCCCUCCACGCGCGGACCCUCGGCCCCCUGCGCCGCACCCUGGGGCUGCUGCGGCGCCGCUUCCGCUGCCUGGCGGGCGGGGGGCUCCAGUACAGCCCCCCCAAGGUCUGCCAGAUCUUCCUGGCCUGCUGCAUCCUGCACAACAUCGCCCUGCGCCGACGCCUCCUCGGCCUCGAGCCCCCCGAGGGGCUCCCACCCCCGCCGGGGACCCCCGAGCUGCCCCCGCAGCCCCCCCCGCCCCCCGGGCCCGGGGCCCGCGAGGGUCGCGCCGUGAGGGCCCGGCUGGUGCAGAGGGUGCGGGAGGGGAUGGGAUGAGGGGGGGUCUGAGGGUCCGGGGGGGCUGAUUUAGG